AUGUCUCCCUGGCUGCAGCAGGACGAGGCCAUGGGCUUUUCACCAUGGACAAACUCGGUGGCAUCCGUCAUUGAGCCUCGACGAGUAAAGCACUUCACUAUGGCCGCUCUUACGCCUCAUCAGACUUAUGUUAUACAUAUUGCAACCCUGACGGCCGCGUCUAUGAGCAUUCUUGCUACCAUAGUCACUUCUUUCUGGUUUUUUCGUAUGAGACGAAGUUUUCGUCAUGACCUCAUCAUGCUGCUCAUCUAUAGCGAUAUGUUCAAAAGUUUUUGGUUACUAAUCUUUCCUGCUGUUGAGCUGAUUGAUGGGAAAAUCGAAACAAACGAAACAUUCUGCCAAGUUAGCGGAUUCUUUCUUGCACUCAGCAUAGAGGCCUCUGAUGUUGCCGUGGCUCUCAUAUCAGUACAUACCGCCUUAUUCAUCUUCCGUGGAGAUCAAGGUCUAUAUCCUUUCCGAAAGGCUGCCUACGCUGUUGCUGCCAUUCUCCCUAUCGUCAUGGCAUCGUUUGCCUUCAUCGAGAGCCCUGGCUACGUCAACACAGGUCAAUUCUGCUAUCUUCCUUUCAACCCGAUGUGGAAAAGACUUGCCCUUUCAUGGAUUCCUCGCUAUGUGGCAUUUGCCAUUAUCCUCUGUCUCUGUAUAGGCGUAUACGUCUAUGUUCGUGUGCUAAUGUCUCGGUUUGGUUCGGGGAAUGAAAGUUCGAAGAAUACACUUUCCAAGUUGUCGGGUUUCGAGAGCCUCGAACCAUUACAACAACCGAUUGCCACCGUGCCUCCGACUCCCACGAUAAAAUACCAUGGUCUAAUUCCUUCUUCCAACCCUUCUAGGCGGAACUCCGCUACUCUUCUCGAGGAUCGUCCCCCCAGGCCCUCUCUUGCGACAUUCCAUUCCUUCCAUCUUGAAAUGCCUGGAGCAACAAAUCCCAGCCGGCUUCAUUCAGCACGAACGGGGCGUAGAGGGUCGGCCCAGAUGUGGAUGGCAAACUUUGGCACUGAUUUAACGUCCCAGUCGGAACAGACAGAGAUCGAUUCACAAGGCUCAGCGGGGACAACUAGGUGUGAUUCUGACGAUGUGAUGGUGCCUCUGGCAAUCUACUCCAAGCCUGAGCUCCAACAUCAAAGACCUGCUCCCGAUCUGAUGACACCACCCCACACCGUUCAAACCCCAGCAGAGUCAUACUACCAAUCUGGCUUGUCAACGACAUCUCCCUCUCGAACACCAUCUAUGCCGAAUCUGUUUUCAAUCCUUCGUCAUUCACCAGACAAUCAACACAACACCAGAAACGAGCUUGUUUUGACUCAAAGCGAUAUUAAUGCCCCUGGAACUGUGAAGUCACGAGAAAAGAUUCUGCGGCAACUCCGACUACUUUUCAUAUACCCUAUAGUUUACGUCGUCAUUUGGAUUCUGCCAUUUAUUGUCCAGCUUACAGGAUAUGGUAAAGGAGCGCCUUAUGGUAUGCGGCUGGCCAGCAUCGUAUUCCUUUCCUUCCAUGGUUUCGCGGAUGCCUUGGUCUUUUCAUUGAAAGAGAAGCCUUGGAUGCAUAGUCAAGCUUUCAAGCUUAUCAAUCUACGAUUUUGGAAACGACAACAAGAGGCACCAGACGUGGGCGCAAGGGUUGGACGGACAAGAGAGGAGAUGACUCUCGAUUCCCGGUUCGCAAAGAAGCGACGGGAACAAGAACAGGCCGAGUGGGAGAUGAACCGACAGACUGGCCAGGACACCUCCAAGGUGGUCAGGGGGGCUCCCGAGUGGUGGGAUAGAGAUGAUUGA